GAGACACUGAAAUACUGAAUUCCUUACCUGGAGGCCCCCAUUCCUACACGUCUGACCACCUGGGUAACCCAAACCUGGAAUGCAAAGACUGCCAUACCUCUAGAACUGCACAAUUAACUGGCCGUAGUUGAGUCAAUGUAACCACACCCUUGAACCCUAGUCCCCAUACAUUGAGAUUCUCCAUCAUUUUCCUUCUCAUUUUUUCACUGUCUAGCUGACCCCAGCUCAUCUGUUCUUCUCAACACCUCCUUACAGCAGAGGACAAGUAAUUUUCACAUAUCUUUAUUUAUUUAUUUGGUAAAUUUCACAUUUCUUUAUUAAGGGAUAUUAUGUAAAAAUGUUUUAAGUAGACAUCUCAUAUAUAUCUGUAGGUUUUGGAUGAUAUAGUAAUUAUGUGAAAAUAGAUAUAUUUUUCAUUUUUUUAAUAUAAUCUAUAUUUCCACAGUUGACUGUGGUGAAGCAUGUGGGCAACAGGAAAUAUGUAGGCUAAAGUGCCUUUUUUCUUUUGACGCAUACGUACAGUUUUUUUCAUUUCAAAAUUUCUUUUCAUUUGGAAUUCGACGGUGGAAAUUAAUGUUUGGGUUUUUCUUUGAUUAUCUUUUGCUUUUUGCUGGUUCAAAGGGUGUGGUUGUAUUUUCAAAUAAUAAAAAGAGUAAUGAUUGUUUUACGUGGAGGUUUCUGUCACGUGUCAUUAUUAGUUGCGUUUUUUUCUUAAUGAAGGGAUUACUAAUAUCAAAAAGCUUCAAAGAUUAGAUUUUUAUUUCUGGGUAAGAAGAUGAAAGUCCAAAGAUUGGAUUUUUAUUUCUGGGUAAGAACUUGAAAGUCCAAAAAUUGGAUUUUUCUUUUCUGGGUAAAGAAGUUAAUAUUUCGAAAAUUGCAUUUUAUUUAUGAUGGGGAAUAAGAAGAUUGUGAAGAAGACAAAGGAGAUAUCUUCAAUGAGUGGGGAGUUUCAGCAGCAGCAGGGUCCAAGAAAGAGAGGCAGGCCAAGGAAAAUUGUUCCCAAAGCUGAAGGUGAUGAAGUGGUUAAUCAUAGAGAUGCAGAAGAAGAGGUUGUAGAGGGUGAAACUAAAAGGGCCAAAAUCAGUGGUGGAGAAAAAGGUGAAGAAUCAGAAGAUAAAGAGGAAAUAGGUGAAGGGGUUGCUGGUUCAUCUUCAUUACUAUUACCAUCAUCACAGAAACUGCAGCCUAGGAGAAGAGCCAGAAGAAAAGGCAAGCCAAGAAAGAGCUGCUAAAAAUCAAAGGAACCCUACUUGCUUUUUUAUUUUGUUUUUCAUGGGUGACUGCUAGUAACUCAGUAAUCACACUAAAAAAAAGUAAAGAUUAAUGGGUAAUAAUGUUUUCCUUCUUAUUUCUGUCAUUCCCUAUUUACAAAACUUUCUGCUUUCUAAUAUUUUGAUUUCCCAUCACUUUUUUGUCACUUCAUUGGUCGGGAUGAUUGAUUUGUGGCCUUGUUUUGAUCUUAUUUCAAUGCCCGUAAGCAUUCUGCUCAAGGUUAGAACCUAAAGUCCCAUGGCAUAAUUAGUGCUCCCUAUGUAGUACUGUAUUUGAGUAUUUCAGAUAGUAAGAUCUGGAUUUGCCUUU